AUGCCCCCGCCCAAUGCCAACCUCCUCCUCCUCCUCCUCCUCCUCCACCACCACAACCACCACCACCUCCUCCACCACUUGGGCCCAUGCAGUACAAUGCCAGUGUAUCAGUCCCAGACAGCAGUGGCCCAGAGCGAAACCGGGUCGUGUUUGCAGGUGGAGCACUCGGAGAAUGGCAGCAGCCUCGUGCUGUGGAACCUGUCCCCCGACGACAACCAGCGGGUGAUCGUGUGCAGCGCGGAGAACAUGGUCGGCCAGACGCAGGCCAGCCUCAAGCUCAACAUCCUCUUCGCCCCCUCCAUCCAGCAGCUGCUGGCCCCCGAGCAGGACCACCACUGGUGCAUCCCCUUCACGGUGGCGGGGAACCCCAAGGCCGAGUUGCACUGGUACCACAAGAACCAGCUGCUCCAGGAGCAGGACUACAUCCGCACCAGGGUGCACCUGGCCACCGAGGACAAGCAGCACGGCUGCCUGCAGCUGGUCAACCCCACCCACAUCCACAACGGCGAGUACAAGCUGGUGGCCACCAACGAGUUCGGCCAGGACGAGAAGACCGUCUUCGCCCAGUUCAUCGACCCGCCCUACAUCAACCACACAGUAGACGACUUUGAAUACUUCGCCUUGACGGGCUGCGUCCUGAUGGUGAUCAUCCUGAAAUACGGGAGGAACUCAGAGUUCGGUAUCAAAGGCUCCUCCUCAGUCAUCAGUAACGACGAUGACUCUGCCAGCCCUCUUCAUCACGUCUCCAAUGGCAACAACACCCCCUCGUCCCCGGAGAUGGGUCCAGACGCAGUGAUCAUCGGGAUGACAAAGAUUCCUGUCAUCGAGAAUCCGCAGUACUUCCGUAACUCGGGCAGCAUGCUGAAAUCCGACACCUUUGUGCAGCACAUCAAGAGGCACAACAUCGUGCUGAAGCGGGAGCUGGGAGAAGGCGCUUUCGGGAAGGUGUUCCUGGCCGAGUGCUACAACCUGGUCCCGGACCACGAGAAGAUCCACGUGGCAGUCAAGACCCUGAAAGAGGCCAGCGAGAGCGGCCGCGCCGACUUCUACCGUGAGGCGGAGCUUCUCACCAACCUGCAGCACGAGCACAUCGUCACCUUCUACGGCGUGUGUGUGGAGAGCGACCCGCUCAUCAUGGUGUUCGAGUACAUGAAGCACGGCGACCUGAACAAGUUCCUCAGGUCCCACGGCCCGGACGCGGUUCUGAUGGCAGACGGUCAGCACAGCAUCCUGGUGGAGCUCACCCAGUCCCAGAUGCUGCACAUUGCCCAACAGAUUGCUGCUGGCAUGGUCUACCUGGCCUCCCAGCACUUUGUCCACAGGGACCUGGCAACCAGGAACUGCCUGGUCGGAGAAAACCUGCUGGUCAAGAUAGGCGACUUCGGCAUGUCCAGAGAUGUUUACAGCACAGAUUACUACACGGUAUGGAAAUGCGUAUUCUAA